AUGUCUCCUUCACCUAAACCCAACACUGAACCUGAGAUUCUGGGCAGGAAAAGUUCACCUACUCCGACUGUAUCCGAGUUGGAAAUGGAAUCAGCUUUGUUGAGAAGUAUAAUUGAUGUUAGACCAAUUGGAAGACAUAAACACAUGUUGAUCAUACAACUUCAAUCAUCGAUGCAUAAACGUACUGGAUUAUGGAUCACCGUAGAGGAAUUAUGGGAAAGGCUAGGUGAAUUAUAUAAUCUGGAAACGUUGGAUGAGAUGUCAUCCGGAUCAUCAAUCUCACUUCCAUCAUCACCUAAUGUCUUGUCACCUCUUACCAAGGAUGUUCCAGAUAUCAACCAACCACAAAAGGAACAAGAGCAAGAGCCUGUUAAUCAAGAGGAUUCACCGCAUUCACAUCGAUCAUCGUUAUCUCCUUUAUCAGAUAUUUCAUCACCUCGUAAACCGAAAACAUAUUCUUCUAAAAGAGGUAGACCUAGGAAAUCUUCCAUUGAAUCAAAUUCCAAUAAAGACAAAGAACAACAAAAAGAGCAACAUCAGCAAAAAGAGAAAGAAAAAGAAGAAGAGAAAGAGAAAGAGAAGGAUAAACCAAAAGGUAGAGGUAGACCAUCCGCAUCUACACCCAUCUCGACAGCAGGACCAGGAUCAGGCGCAGGCUCGAAAUCUGCCAAAGUCGUGAAUUCGAAACAUUUUAAAAAGAAUUUCAAUUUACCUUAUUUCCGUAAAGACCAAUCAACAACGAAUAAUGAAACCGGAACCGGCCAAAAAAAAGGAAAACGUGAUGACCAAAAUCGAAAUAAAAAUAAAAAUCAACGAAACCGAAACGAAGACCAGGAUCAAGAUCAAGAUCAAGAAGAUGAAGAGAGCUGGAAAGAAAUGAUAUAUCCUCGUGCGGAAGAAGAAGGUAUUGACACCCAAUGGGAAGAAAGCAAAACCACUAAAAAGAAAUAUGAAGAGACGCCAGAAGAUGUUGUAGAUGAGGAGGAGGAGGAGGAGGAAGAGGAAGAGGCGAAGGAAGAGGAAGAAACUGCAGAAGAAGAAGCUGAUGAUGAGGAAGGGGAAGAACAAGUAGAAGAAGGAGAAGGAGAGGGGGAUGGAGAGGAACAAGAGGAAGAAGAUGAUGAGGAAGAGGAGGAGGAGGAGGAGGAGGAAGAAGAAGAAGAAGAAGAAGAAGUUUCUCCAGUAAAAAGACGUCCUGGCAGACCGCCAAAAAAUCCUAAGGCGUCUGGACAAAGCAAAAAGACACCUUCAACUUCAUCUCGUAGAGAGAGUAUGUCUACAAGGAAAAGGCCUGGAAGAGGAAGAAAGGAGACAAGUGAAUCGGAAGAUGAAGGAAGAGGUAAAAGGAAAAGAGAGGAUGAAGCUGAGACUAGACGAAGGAAGAGGAGGUAG